AUGGGAAUGAAAGUUGAAGUAAUCUCAAGAGAAACUAUCAAACCAUCUUCGCUAACACCUUUUAACCUAAAGAACUUAACAAUUUCCUUCUUGGAUCAAACCACUCCACCCGUUCCUGUUCCUAUCCUCCUGUUCUACCAUGCGAGCGAUAUUGGCAAAAAUGUGUUGGAACAAUCCAAUGAUUUAAAGAAAUCGUUGUCCGAGACGUUAACCUAUUUCUACCCGUUAGCCGGAACAAUCGGGAAAGAUAACAAAAUUGUCGAUUGUGAUGAUUAUGGUGUUGAAUAUUUGGAAACUCGAGUCGAUGUUCGUCUCUCUGAAGUCCUCAGCAAACAUCCUGAUGAAGGUUAUAUUAUGAAUCAAUUCAUUCCUACUAACCUCCAUUACAUUACGGAAUUAGGUACAUGCAGAGAUAAUCUAGUUCAACUAGUAAUUCAAGUUAACAUGUUUGAUUGUGGAGGAAUGGUAAUUGGUGUUUCAAUGUUGCAUAAGAUCGCUGAUGCAGCAUCAUUGGGCACAUUUAUUAAUGCUUGGGCAAGAAGAACAAGUGUUCGUCUAGGGAAUAUUGAAGGUAUUCAUAAAGAAAAAGAACCUACCAUUAUUCCUAGUAUUGACGCUGCUUUUCAUUUCCCUCCGAAUGAAGUACCUAGUGUUCUGUCAUUUAAAAUGAACUCAGAAGACAGUGAGAUCGCUACUGUUUGCAAGAGGUUUGUAUUUGAUUCAUCCAAAAUUGUUACUCUUAAAGCCAAAUCUGCCAAUAAUUCACAUGUAGCAAACCCGACGAAGGUGGAAUCAGUGACAGCGUUGUUAUGGAAGUGUGCUUCGAAGCUCAAGGGUAAGGCAGAUAAAGUAUUAGAGUCAUCAUCACAAAAUUCAAAACCAUUCAUGUUAUGCAUGGCAGUGAAUUUACGCCAAAGGAUGAUUCCUGCAUUGCCUGACCAUUCUUUUGGGAACUUCAUUGCGCCUGCACUAGUAGGACUAUCGAACCAGCCAGGUGAUAUCGAGUUGCAUAAAUUGGUGGAAACUCUGAGAUCCUCGAUUAGGAAAAUCAAUGGCGACUACAUCAAAGAUGAAUUUCAAGUCAAUUAUGGACUGGUCAGGUCUCUGCAAGAUGUUCAUGAAAGGUUCAACAAAGAAGAAAUGGAAUUACACACCAUUACUAGUUGGUGUAGGUUUCCAUUUUAUGAAAGUGAUUUUGGAUGGGGUAAACCAACAUGGAUAUGUACCGUCAAUGUCAUCGCUAAGAACGUAUGCAUAUUAAUGGAUACAAGCGAUGGGUGUGGAAUAGAAGCAUGGGUUACAUUGGAUGAACAACAAAUGUCCCUACUCGAAUCUGAUUACGAGCUUCGUGAAUUCCUUGUUACACAGACCCCGGCCGUCACAGCAGGCCCCGUCGUUCAAUUUUAA